ACUUUCUGUCGGUCCGCGGGGAAGUCGCAAGAUGGCCGACGUCGCAUGAAAGUAUGUUCCUCUCCUCAACAUGAAGUCGUGAGUGAGCCAGAGAGCGAGGGAGCUUACGUCGGGCUUUUGUUUUUGUUUUAUUUUAGUUGUUUUACUUUAUUUUUCCCUUAAUUAUUCAUCUCAUUCCGAAUCGCGGCAGCCCCCGAUUUGUCUCGACUAGUUGACGCGUCAAUCACGCCGGGAUCUUGGCUAACUGGCUAACUGCGCGAGCUAGUUUGUUAGCCACAAACUGUAGCUCUUAUAACUGUUAACCAUCACAGGACAUACUGUAUUCACUAGCAGCUAGAGUUAGUUUGAAUCAUCUAACGGUCAUGUUGGAUAGCAAUGGUGUAGUUGUUGUUUAGUUUGCCGCUAGAAAGGUUACAAAUAGGAUUAUAUUUUGAUGUUACCAACAUUGUCGACAUCAUAACUGUAGCGUGCGCGCCGUUAUCCUCCAUCGUUACAUUGUAGACCGUGCAACAUUGUAAUUGAUCAAAACAGAAAGACUAGCGGGAUUAUACUAUUGACACAUUAAGGAAUGGACACAGAUUGCAUUUACACGACCAAACGUAAAAAAUAGCCACGCGUAUUUGGAAAUUUUACAGGGGGUCGGUUGACACUUGCAUUUGUGGGAUAAUUUGCCAGACAUUUCAGCUUUUUAGUUAUCCAACUACAACCGGACAGAUCUAGUUCUGAGCACACAACCUAGAAAUCAACUUCUUAACAAGAUUCAUCCAUCUCAAGCGCUUAGACACAACAUGGGAGUGCAAGGGUUUCAGGAGUAUUUGGAGAAACGCUGCCCUGGGGCGGCGGUUCCGGUAGAUCUUCUCAAGCUCGCGCGAACCGCAGGCCGUCAGCCCCCACACCACCACCACCACCAUCAUCAUCACCACCACCACCACCACCAUCCCCAUCAUCCCAGCUCGCUGCCUCCGCCUCCCCCGCCAGCGCGCAUUCUGGUUGACGCAGACUCUGGCCUUCAGCGGCUCUACGGGGGCUAUCAGACCGACUGGGUUUGUGGAGGCGAGUGGAACGCAAUGCUCGGCUAUCUGGCGGCGCUCUCCCAGGCCUGUCUGUACCAAGGCGGACUGGAGUUGGUGGUGGUUUUUAACGGCACGCUUGGGAAGGAUCGCUGGCCAGAGUGGGCGCGGCGGGCGCAGGGGCAGCGUCAGACCGCGCAGCUCAUCGUCAACCACGUCGGAAGCAAGGCGACGCCCCCUCCUCGGGCAUGGUUCCUGCCCCCGGCCUGCCUGAGCCACUGUGUCCGCCUCGCCAUGUUCCGAUUCCGCGUGCGGGUGGUGCAGACCCUGGAGGACCACCAUCAGGAGGUGCUAUCCCUGUACAGAGACUAUGGUUUUCAGGGUCUGAUUGCACAGGACUCAGAGUUUGCGCUAUGCAACGUUCCGGCCUAUUUCAGCUCCCACGCUCUCAAGCUCUCCUGGAAUGGCAAGAAUCUGACCACUCACCAGUACCUGCUGUCAGAGGCAGCUCGCCAGCUCGGCCUCAAAACCCAGCACCUUCCCAUCUUUGCUGCUCUUCUUGGUAACCACAUUCUGCCAGAUGAAGACUUGGCUGCCUUUCAUUGGAGUCUGCUAGGCCCAGAACACCCUCUUGCCUCCCUAAAGGUAAGGGCUCAUCAGUUAGUGCUCCCUCCAUGUGAGGUUGUUAUUAAGGCUGUAUCUGAGUAUGUGGCAUCCAUCAAAGAUCUUGGGAAUUUAGAUUCGGUGGCCAAGGAUGUUUUCAAGCAGUCACAGUCACGAACUGAAGAUAAAAUUGAGAGGUUUAAGAAGGCAGUGGAAUAUUUUUCAGCGGCCAGUAAACCAAGACCUCUCUCCAUGGGACCUUCUCCUUACCUCUUUCCAGGCUUUGGGCCUAGUCAGUUUAGCGGACCUCCAGGCCACAUGGGGGCAAUGCAGCCUGUAAAAGCUCAGUUUGGUCCACCCCAGGUGUCAGGUGUUAAGGUGCCUUAUCCAGGUGGGCUCUACGGACCCAGCCCUGCCACUGGUCCAGCCCUUUUAUGCCAGAACCCAACUCAGCCUCUGCAGGACUGUAAUGACUCACUUGUUGGGAAAAUGGGCUUUGCUGAUUGGUCUGCUCCAUAUGAUUCCUCUCAAGGUGGCAACCGACAGCCCAAUCAUCACACUGCUGCUCCUACAGGCCCCUCCCCCUCGUCAUCGUCGUCUUCAGAUGGGGAGGAGCAAAAUGACACCAGCACUAAUCAUUUGGCUGACAAGUCUACAAGAUGGGAAGAUCCCAGUGGACGGGGUGGCAGUGGCUCUGGGGAUGGGCACCAUGGUAACGGAAGUGGGCCGUCCAUUCCAUCUUUGCUGUCCAUGCCAACACGGAGUCACAUGGACAUCACAACUCCACCCCUUCCACAGGUCAGUGCCGAGGUGCUGAGAGUGGCAGAACACAGACACAGAAGAGGACUCAUGUAUCCACAGAUCUACCACAUCCUGACCAAGGGGGAGAUGAAGAUGCCAGUGUGUAUAGAGGACGAGUGCAACCCCGACCUGCCUCCUGCUUCUCUACUUUUCCGUUCUGCCCGCCAGUAUGCCUACGGGGUGCUGUUCAGCUUGGCUGAGACCCAGCGGAGGCUGGAGAGACUGGCCAUGCGCAAGCGUAGUCCAGUUGAUGUGCCUCCGGUGAUUGUAAAGGAGUGGUGUGCCAGUAAAGCUAAAUCUGCCCUGACCCCAGAGCUCGUUCCAGCCCUGUGUUUCCGCGAGUGGACGUGUCCCAACCUGAGGCGGUUGUGGCUGGGUAGAGCGUCUGAGGACCGUAGCCGUCGUACACGAGCCUUCCUAGCCUGCAUGCGCUCCGACUGCCCUGCCCUGCUCAACCCGACCUGUGUGCCAUCUCACCUGCUGCUCAUGUGCUGCGUGCUCAGGUAUAUGAUGCAGUGGCCGGGGGGUCGCAUUCUUCAGCGCCAUGAGCUUGAUGCCUUUUUGGCUCAAGCUGUGUCCAACCAGCUCUAUGAGCCUGACCAACUUCAGGAACUCAAGGUGGAGAAGGUGGAUAACCGUGGGGUGCAGCUGGCCUCUCUGUUCAUGAGUGGAGUGGACACUGCCCUGUUUGUGAAUGAUGUAUGUGGACAGCCCUUGCCAUGGGACCACUGCUGCCCUUGGGGCUUUUUUGAUGGGAAGUUGUUCCAGAGCAAGCUAGCUAAAGCCACCAGAGACAGAGCCUCCUUACUUGAUAUGUGUGAAGGCCAGGAGGAGCUUGUUUCGAGAGUGGAGAAGAUGCGCCAGGCCAUUCUAGAAGGCAUCAACCUGUCCCGGCCGCCUCCCCCACCUCCACCACUGCCACCCCCUGCAUUCCUUCCCCCUGCCAUGGUGCCCCCUUUCUAUCCCAUGCAUCCUCUCUACCCUCCUCGCCCACUGGGCUCCAUGCCUCCUCCUCCUCAUCAUCACCACCAGCACCGGCCCAGGGCCUUCCCAGGAAUCCAGUCUAUACCUCCCCAGGGUGGCAAACUGGAAAUAGCUGGCAUGGUUGUUGGUCAGUGGGCUGGGAACAAACCAGUCCGUGGCAGAGUCAAUAUGCAGGUGGUGUCAGUAGGAGGGAAAGGAAGGGGUAAAGAAUUGACAGUGAAAGGGAGGGGAGGAAAGAAAGUGACCACCAACAGAACACAGACUCUGUCCUCUUCACCACCCUCCACCAGCCCCCCGAAGCUCACAGAGGAUGGUAAAGCAGUGGGGCGGCCCACGGAGGGAACGGGGACCGCGUCGCAGCAGCUGAACGGCAGCUCUUCAGGAAGCGCCACUGGUCAAGCUCUUGACCUGCCACCACUGGCCCAGCCAAUCCAGUGUGCCUUAGCCAGCAGAGACAACCAGUCAGGAGAUGGGGUGGAGGUAGAGGCCCCUUGUUGCCUUGACGACUGCCCAUCAGAUGGUGCACUACAGAAAGAGGAGUAAUUACAUCCCAUAAUGUAAUAAGAAUGAGAAAGUGAGAGGGAAUGAUCUAAGGUCGACUGCCUUUUCCUUGCAAAAUUGAAUAUUUAGGGCACAGUAGCCACUUUGUGUUGUCAUGGUAUAAUUUAUGAUGCUGCACAUGCUGGAAACGACAGAUGGACAGUGUCAGGAAUGCGGUCUAUGUGUCACCUUAAGAGCCGGGUCUGGUUUAAAACCGAGUGAGUUUAAAUCACAACCCCCGAUUGCACAUCGCCCUGAAUCUUUGGGUUCUGGACCUCAUCCUUUCCACUGGCCCAUCAGUGUUGUAGCAUCGUGAAAAGCUCUCGAGUCUUUUUAUUUCGACACCGUUUUCUUUUCAGAGCUUAGUACAUUGACGUGACCUUAUAUGUAUGAUUGCCUAAAAUGGCUACGAAAAGCCCCCUAUUAUUGCCCAAAGUGUAUUUAAAAAAUUGACCUACUCAAAAUACUUGCACGUGUCAAGUAGCACAGCAGCACCUGCUUUAAAGUUUCCACCACACAGCAAAGAAUCACACUAUUUGUACUUGCACAUGGCUGUAUAUGCAGCAGUGUAACACAUAGAGGGGGGGAUUUAAAUCAACACUGCCCUGAAUACAGUAGACGAGUGGAAACUGACGGAGAACGCGGGUUGUAUUUGUAUGUCACAGUGUGCAUUCACACACACAUGGUUGCCCUUUUGUUUUUGUUUUUGAACAUUGUCUUAUCAAAGAGUGAAUUGCAUGUGGAGAAGUUGCUAUUGUCUUCAGCACAGGGGCCACGGGCGGCCCGAGAAGUCCAGGCACAGAGAGGCGGGCUUAAAUAAUAAAAGUAAAAGAUUCGUAGAGGUUACAAUCUGCAUCGCGUAGCUAGCUCUCCUCUGUUGCUUUCUCUCACGUAGACAAUCUUUUUUUAGGCCCACGUCCCCUUGAGGAUUCACAGCAGUACUCAAGAAAUUCUAAAGUACAAAUAUUUUAAGCACCUUAAGCCCGAAAUUAUACAUAUGCAAGCCCUCCUCCUCAAAUGAGGAAGAAAUACCCUUAAAAAUGAAUUGUAUUGUAACGUAAAGCACUUAAAAUGUUAUUUAUGAUAGUACUGCGCUAUGAUAGUACUGCGCUAUGUAGAUACAGUUAAUUGGUUAACGCCCUUUUAAGCAGCAGGCCUUCAUUUGUUUCGACAGUUUAACUGUCCAGAUACACUUUACCUUGCGUGUUGUUUACCAGUAUGACGUACAAAUCAACACCAACCCAUUUGAAUGUGAGAACGGAGUGCGUCGUAAGCUGCACUUUGUUUUAAAACCGAAAACACACUGGGUUGUCCUCGAACCAGGAUAAAGAAAAAUCGAGGCCUCUGGCAGAGAUAGGGAGGAAGCAGUGUGUUCGGAGGGAACCGUGAUACUGUUUGACAUCCCAGCCGUUUGUAUAUAGACCCAAAUGUACAUGAUCCUGUUACGCAAUGACGUGAUUUAGGGGAGUGAUUUUAUCAGUGGUUGAGAAUGCACACAGUCCCUCAGACAAACCUGCCAUUUGACAUCUCUCUGCUUCACAACAAUUUGCUUUCAGGUUUUAGCAGCUCUUUUUCCUUUUUUCCUCCCUUCGUCGUUCACGUCUCCUCUGUGCCUUGUGCAUGUGUACCAUGUGGAUGCUUUUUUGUACAUGUGCAUUCUCCCACCAUCGCUAAAAUCAUCGUAGUUUUAUUACGCUCGGAAGAAUUGAAUCGAACGAACCUUAGGAUCACCUUUUAUUGUGACAAAGUCAUUUAAAAAAAAAAAACGAAAAAAAAAAAAAUUGGAGUCUGUGCUUCACCAGACUGUUUCGUGAUCAGUCCGUCUCGUCUUGUUUUUGUGACAGUCCUAUAAACUCAUGCACUUCUAUGUUCAAAACAUUACUUCUAUUGAGGCAAACGGGCUUUAAAAUGAAAUCGAACGAAACACCCUGAAGUUUAAAGCCACGCUUGCCGUUAUAUUGACCAUUUUGCAUCAGAUGGUUAGGAGAUUAAUUUUACUUACAUGUUAAUGUUUUAAAUGCAUUUUAAAAACAAAAUACAUGUUUUGUACCAAUGAUUUGUUGGACGUAAUGAAUGAGAAUUUAAUUUUAAGAAUAACUAAUACACUUGAGAGAGACUAUUGCAUUUAAUCAUAGUUUAAGAUCUGUACAAUUGACAAUGUCAAGAUUUCAUCACAGCUUUCUAUUGAAGUUAUAAGAUGCACCUUAUUUUGUUAAGAAGUUAAUAUUAUAUUUAGUGCCACUAAAAGUAUAUUGAAAGCUCUUUAAAGCAGAUUAUGGAAGACACCCAUUAUAGUUACAUGUCUAUGUAUAUUCUGCAAAUUCUCACUCUUGAGGAAUCCAGACAGAUCAGCCCAUCAGAAAUAUCACGAUGACCUGAGGCAUGCAUUGUUUAUGCAGUUUGCUAGAAAAUAAGUAAAAAAAAAUGACAGUGAUAUAUCAGUGUCAGAAAAUGACAAUACUGGACAUACCGGACAGACUUUAAACCAAGAAGAAUCUUGACCGUAGCGUGACAGGUAGUGUUCGUGAGCUAACACGCUGCACCGUCAUGCACGCUAGAGCAUUUUUAAACCUCAACCUUAGGUUGUCACAUUUUUAUUACGCGUUAAGUACAGUAGUGCUAGUUUUCAAGAGAGGAUCUCCAGCAUGUUAGUGCAUAUGAACAUGCAUACGCACCCAUUAAUGGAAUUUUGGUUUCCUCAGAAUAACAGUAGAUCCUUUUUAAACAUUCAGUCCUGUUUCACCUGUGAUUAACAGCCGUUUCAGUUAGUUGGGUUUUUUUCUCAGUGUGUUUGUCAUAGAGUAUCAGUAACUCCUUCACAUUUAGUUAUAAGUGUAAUCUAAGAAAGGAACAGCAUAAACCGAAAUAUACAGACACACCAAAUAAAGAUAUAAUCUCUCUCUCUCGCGCAUACACACAGUACCUUUGUUAUACCUGUAGAGAGACAUCAGUUAGUAUGAGGGAGAGAAAAAAAAAUAGUAAAACUUUGGCAUAUUCAGAUAUUAAUGUAUUUGUCCAGUGUGUUAAUUUCUCUUACAAUUAUUUGGAUGCUUAAUUUGCAGUUUCAGAUGCUUGGUUCCAAAGUUACCCUCUCCAAAGCUUCUCCGCUUUGCUCUGUUCUAGAUUGCUGCUUGAACUCUCAUUCAGACGUUUCUGGAGAUUCGUGUGAGAGUAAAAUAUAGACUAAGAAAUAUAUAUUUGGGUUGAAUGAGAAGGAUGCUCUGGAGGUCAGUGAGGUUGUGUUGGAAUGGCACUGUUUUACUCCAGAUGCUGGUCUUGAUAAAACCAUUAUCACAAAUGCAAAUCCCAAUGUUUUCUUUUUUUCGACCCCUUUUUUUCACAGUUUUAUGGGCCGUGGACAUUUACAAUGAGUUCAAGUGUUCUCCCUCCUCUUAGCUCUUGCCUCUGUUCAUUCUUUUAUUCUUGCCUUUGUUUCCCCCGCAGCAGCUCUCCUUAGGUUUUCAUACUAACAGUGAGAGAUUAACUUUUAUAAUUAGUCUAAUAAUCUGUCUGUAAGUAAUCUUAGACAAGAGUUGGUAACAUUUUCAACAGUGAAUCGAGAAAUUUAACCUUACCAUCUUUGGUUUCAUUCAGUUGUGAAAUUGUGUUUUUUUUUCUUUUUUUUUUUUUUUUUUAAAUGUUAUUACAACAGCUACUCCUUUGACCGUUGCUACAUUUAGUAUUAAAAUUUGCUUAGCAGAGAUAACUAGAUAUUUUCAACUGUAAUGAUUGCAAUUUUCCUCACCUCUAUUUUGUAUGGUAUCGUUUCAAACCACUUCACCAUUAUGAUGUAAUUGUCACUCGCAGAAAUAACAUAUUGUGUUUGGACAGUGAUUAUUAGAUUUUUUAAUUUUUUUCAGUCUCUUUAAAAUCGUCAAUUUAAAGAUGGAUUAUUUUAAGCAAAUUUUGCUUCCUUGCACACAAAGCAGACUAAUACACAUUUGUGCAACAUAUUAAUUUUCAACCAAAGUCGAUUUCUGGAAACUGCUUUUUCCAGUCUAUAGUUAACAGUCUUGAUUUUCUUUCUGGAUCCUGUAUAUAUGAUUAUACAGCUACGUGUUUUCAGUAAUUGAGCUAUUAGAAUACGUAAGGGGUCCGUAAUCAGAUACUAAAUAAAGAAAAUGUGAUGUUUACAUCUUUUUGGUGAACAGUGGCUAAAUCUUGUAUCGUCCAGUUUCAUUGCUAAAAUGAAGAUUUUUUUUUUUUUUUGUUUUAAUUUCCUCUCAAGUGGAGCCUUGGACACAGCUCUUCAUAGCGAUUAACCCUAGAACACUUCUUCAGCUCCCAUGCACAUGUAUCGUCCCUCUGAAAAAUGUAGCUUCAGUGUAGUCAUGGAUAGGUUAAGUGUGAACACAUACUGUAACCAUGCACACACACACACACACACACAACAGCUAUUUUGGUAAAGAGUUUUGCCUGUGCAUUCCUGUAGAUUUGUGUCUGGACCUCAGAUCUGACUCUUGCUUUAUAACUGUUACCCCUGUAUCCUGGCUCUGUCGCCCUUCACUCCACAGGACCACUGGUGUGUGGUCAGGUUUCGAUCCUAGUCUGAUAACAGCAAUGUGUUGUGUACAGUGGCCCGCUGACAUCCUACAUUUUCUGGAAGUACGUAGCCUCUAUAUCUCGUCCUCUUUGCUUUUUAGCAUGUGCCCCCCAAACUGUCGAGACAUCCAUUUGUAGGCAACACAUUCUGUCGUCUGUUCUUGGAAAAUCGAUCCGUUCAUCAACACAAGCGCAUUGAUGCAUGCAUCAAGAUCUCCAAAAGCUCCAAAAAAACUUGUGAAGUGAAGGGUAAAGUUCAUUAUUAUUAUUGCUGUUAUGGUUAUGAUCGUUAUUAACAAUUUCUCAUUUUUAGUAUAAAGAAAGCACCUGAUUGUUUUGGAAAGAAACUUUUUCUUUUUAAUUUGUCUUGCUGUUGUGGUCUGAUUUCACAGUGGAUUGGGGAGAAAGCCAAAAGGCUCAGAGAGAGAGAGAGAGUCAAAGUUGGCAGUCAUGUUUGUAUGGUUGGGAAAUGACUUACAGUGCUGAAAUAAAAUUUAUUCUUUUAGUAAA